AUGGCGCCCAAAUCGAAGCCUCCCGAGAAGCAGCAGCGAUCGCUGACGAGCUUCUUCAAACCCAAAACCGUCAAUGGCCUCGCCGAGGCUUUCCACAAGUCCCAAUCCGAGUCCAAGACCAGCCCGCCCGAGUCGCCAGAGAGCUCGCGCAAGAGACCAUUGGAAGAGGACGCCGAUAAGGGGAACAAUGGGCUGGAGAAGACGUCAAAGAGAGCAAAGGCCGACAAUACUGAAGUCGUCGACCAAGGGAAAAGCUCCUUCUUCCCUGGUGGAAAGAAGAAAACCGACCAGGAGCCCAAGGCGAAGGCAUCAGCAUCCGGUAGUAGGACAGGACGCUUUGUCUACAGCCAAGAGUCAAACGAGAACGAAGAGGAGGAGGAUGACGACCCAUCGACGAGGAAGCACAGGGAGGAGCUUCACAAGAAGUUUGUGAAGAAGCUGGGCCAUCCAGACAGCAUGCUGCGCCGCCGCUACCGAGAAGAUGACAACGAAGCUGCCGAGGGAGAGGAGGGCGAUGAAGACGAAGAAGAUGAGGCACCGCCGCCACCCAAGGCGAAAAAGGGCGGCGCACGAGCGAACAAGAAGCUCACACCAAUGGAGAUCCAGUUCCUCGACAUCAAGCGCAAGCACCUCGACACCGUCCUCAUCGUUGAGGUCGGCUACAAGUUCCGAUUCUUCGGCGAGGACGCCCGCAUUGCCGCCAAGGAGCUCAGCAUCGUCUGUAUCCCGGGAAAGUACCGCUACGAUGAACACCCCUCGGAAGCACACUGGGACCGCUUUGCGUCAGCGAGUAUCCCAGUCCAUCGGCUACACGUCCACGCGAAGCGUCUAGUUGCCGCUGGACACAAGGUUGGAGUCGUUCGACAGAUUGAAACGGCUGCUCUGAAAAAGGCCGGCGACAAUCGCAACGCACCAUUCGUACGAAAGUUGACCAACGUCUACACCAAGGGCACCUACAUCGACGAGAACGGCGAGCUGGAGACUGGCGACGGCGGUGCUCCCUCGGGAGGGUAUCUCCUGUGCAUCACCGAAACCCCGUCAAAGGGCCAGGGCACUGAUGAGAAGGUCGAUGUCGGCAUAGUGGCCGUGCAACCGACGACGGGAGACAUCAUCUAUGACACCUUCGAGGACGGGUUCAUGAGGAGCGAAAUUGAGACGCGCCUGCUACACAUCUCACCGUGCGAGUUUGUCAUUGUGGGCGAUCUCACCAAGGGUUCCGACAAGCUCAUUCGCCAUCUGUCAGGAAGCAGCACAAACGUCUUUGGCGACCGCAGCCGCGUCGAGCGCGUCCCUCGCUCUAAGACCAUGGCUGCCGAGGCCUACUCCCACGUCACGCAGUUCUACGCCGAGAAGCUGCAGCAGACCCCAGACGCCGCCGCCUCCGCUCUCCUGGACCGCAUCCUCCAUCUCCCUGAGCCCGUGACGAUAUGUCUUAGUGCGAUGAUCUCACACCUCAAGGAGUACGGCCUCGAACACGUUUUCGAUCUUACCAAGAACUUUGCCAGCUUCUCUGCGCGCCAGCACAUGCUCCUGAACGGAACAACCCUUGAGUCCCUUGAGGUUUAUCGCAAUGCCACAGAUCACUCCGAGCGCGGUUCCCUCUUCUGGGCACUGGACAAGACUACUACCCGCUUCGGCCAGCGCCUCCUUCGCAAAUGGGUCGGCCGCCCCCUGCUUGACGUCUCCCGUCUCGAGGCUCGUGUCGCCGCUGUGCAGGAGCUUCUGGACGAGCAAUCUUCCACAAAGGUGGACCGCCUCGAGAGUCUCCUGUCCAGCAUCAAGACCGACCUCGAACGCAGUCUCAUCCGCAUCUACUACGGGAAAUGCACCCGCCCCGAACUCCUUUCCGUCCUCCAGACCCUUCAACGCAUCGCCAUGCAAUACUCGACAGUCAAGUCAGCCGAGGAAACGGGCUUCACCUCACCCCUGAUAUCCUCGGCAAUCUUUUCCCUCCCUCAAAUCCUCGACCUCGUCGUCUCGCACCUCGAAAAGAUCAACCCGGAAGCCGCCCGAAAGGAUGACAAGUACAACUUCUUCCGCGAGUCGGAACAGACCGAAGACAUCGAGGACCACAAGAUGGGAAUUGUCUCCGUCGAACAGUCCCUCGACGAACACCGCGCCGAGGCCGCCUCCUCCAUCAAGCGCAAGAAGCCUGUCGAAUAUGUCACCGUCUCCGGCAUCGAGUUCCUCAUCGAAGUUCUCAACACAGACCUCAAGUCCGUCCCGGCCUCAUGGAUUAAGAUCUCCGGCACGAAGAAGCUCUCUCGCUUCCACACCCCCACCGUCGUCCGCCUGAUCCAAGAGCGCGACCAACACCGCGAGGCCCUCGCCGCGGCCUGCGACGCAGCCUUCACCUCCCUCCUCCGCGAGAUUGCAGACGCGUACCAGCCCCUCCGCGACGCCGUCUCCUCCCUCGCAACCCUCGACUGCCUCCUCUCCCUCUCCCGUGUCGCCGCCCUCCCAGGCUACACCAAACCAAGCUUCCUCUCAACACCGACCCAGCCCACAAUCUCCAUAACGCAGGGCCGCCACCCCAUUGCCGAACACACCCUCUCAGACCCCUACAUCCCCUUCACAACAACCCUCUCCUCCCCCUCCCCGCUAGCCCACCUGAUCACGGGCCCCAACAUGGGCGGCAAAUCCUCCUUCGUUCGCGCCGUGGCCCUCCUCGUCCUCCUCGCCCAGAUAGGCUCCUUCGUCCCGGCUGACGAAUUCUCCCUGACCCUCGCCGACGCAAUUCACGUCCGCAUGGGCGCCCGCGACAACCUCGCCGCAGGCGAAUCCACCUUCAUGGUAGAGGUCUCCGAGACGGCACGCAUUCUCCGCGCCGCCACGCCGCGCUCGCUCAUCAUCCUCGACGAGCUCGGCCGCGGCACCUCGACACACGACGGCGCCGCCAUCGCGCACGCCGUGCUCGACCAUGUCGUCCGCGAGAACAAGUGUCUGACCCUCUUCAUCACGCACUAUCAGAAUCUUGCGCGUCUCGCAGACGGCAUCGGUCAGGGCCUCGUCAAGAACGUCCACAUGCGCUUCACGGCUACGCGCAAGGAGGGCGAGGACGGAAGGGAGGACGACGAUGCCGGUGCCGACGAAGAGAUUACAUUUCUGUACGAAGUCGGUGAGGGCGUCGCCCAUCGCUCGUACGGUCUCAACGUCGCACGGCUGGCUCGUAUUCCCCGCAAGGUCAUCGAGGUGGCUGCGCAGAAAUCAAGAGAGAUGGAGCAGGAUGUAAGGGCAAGGAGGUUACAGGGUACGGCACGUCUCUUGUCCGAUGUGCUGCAAAGCAAGACAGAUCAGUUGGAGCACUUGAUGUCAAACAUAGAGCAGUUGUAA